UGUAAAUGCGCCCAGUCAGCCGAGACCGGGUCUGACCAGAUUCGUCUGUUUCUGGAACGAACAUUUAUUGAUCUCUUUGACUCACCACUUACUAGGCAACCGCACUAACGGUCUCGAGCGCAAGGCAGCCUUAGCAGCCAACCCUCAAAGAAGGCUGUGCAUUGGCAAUCCAGUUUCUCGUGAACUUACGCAUAUCACAUUGCCUCCCACGUCCUAGAAAAUCGACGUUAAUGCUCACUCGCCGAUACCAUACUAUUCAUAAUGACCUCCAUGUCACCGUCCGGGUGCAUAAGUCACUGCCCAGAUCUCCCAAAUGAAAUUCUUCUCCUCAUCAUUCAGAGAUGUCCCCGUUCUACGCUGAAAGAUGUGCGGCUAGCCUCCAAAAGCCUCGAUCAGAUGGCAACUCCUUAUCUGUGGCGCAAAGUGGUCCUGGUUCCUAACGAUCAAUGUAUUCUGGGCUUUGUGAAAGCACUGAAACGGUCCAAGGUCGUCCGCUAUGUCACGAAGCUGACUUACGACGCCCGGUUCGGCAACUUCUUCCACAACAUCAAGAGCAUCCCACCGGACAUGUCAGCAACGGCUUCCGAAGACAAAGUUCAAGGCGAAAGAUCCCUGGAACGUGCAGCUCAGGGGCGCUUCCAACCCUACGAAGACAUGGCCAUUGAAGUUGCAAUGCUGGCUAAAGCCUUGCGGAUAUUACCAAACCUGCGCGAGCUCCGGGUACGAGAGCAUGAAGACGGGACCGAUGCCACAUUCAACCCGGCAUCUCUCAAAGUCCCCUUCUUUUAUCACAAAAUGUGUAACAUUGUCAAGAUCGAUCCUCAAGUCGUCAACUUCUCCCAUAUGACGGGCACUUCAGGCAGAUCUUAUACCAAGGGUAUCUUGACCGCUUCUUUCUCCGCUGGAACCCGUCUCCACAAGUUCAAAACCAAGAACGUCGACGGCCGUGCCAUGUUUGGAGUCGUCCCUAUGAAGGCACCCGCAGCCUACCAACAGAUGGCCAUUUUUCGAUCUGUCAUAGACAACCUUCGGUCGUUGGAACUCUCCUUCCGAAACGACACGCUAAUCACAACGGCAAAUCAUGUUGAAGCAGUCCAGUCGCUCCUGAAAGCAGCAAAGAAGCUCAAACACCUCAAAUUACGACUGACCGACUUCAGCGUAACGCGGUGCCAAUAUUCAGACGACGACGUGUCCGAUCUGCUUGGACUCCUGGAGAGCCCUACGGCAAGCUGGACCUCCAAACCUCUGGUCCCUCGGCUUGAAACAUUGGCGAUUGACGCCUGUAUAUGUCACGACGAAGACUUGAUUCAUUUGCUGAAAAUCCACGCCUCGACUUUAAAACGAUUGGAAUUGUCUAACAUCACUUUACUCGGUAACGAAGACCGUCGAGAAUGCUGGGUCAAGCUAAUCAAGCACUUGAAGACGGAUCUCAAGCUUGCAUCGGUCACGUUCAGCGGGUGGUUCAGCAACGGCGGACGUCAACAGUGGUUCGUGGCCAAAGACAGCGUGGACCCCGGGCGGCUGAAAGCACGAGUGGAGAAGUACGUCGUUGACAAGCGCAUCCGGCAAUGUCCUCUGGAGCUCAUUGCGAUCAAGCCGAACCAAGGUGACGUCGAAAAACCCGCGAAUGGCGAGGAAUACGAAGGCGACAUGACCUGGACGAUGGUAUAUUCGAACCAUUUCACCGAUAACAUGGACUGGCAGCUGGCAGAACCUUCAUUCGGUAUACCGUCCGUCGAUACUUCUGAUCCAUUUUCUGCAUCGGGAGACGUAAGCUCCGGAGGCGACCCAGGUAUUGAGCCCUGGUCGGACGACGAACACAUCGUCACUGUGGAAGAUGGGGAAGUGAUGGACGUUGACGAACUCGUUUUCGGGCACUCGAAGAAGCCGAAGAAGGACAAGGGAAAGUCAGUCUGGCCACCACCGCCACCACCGCCUCCGGGUUAUGACUGGGAUCCCUGGUUUGUGGCUUAAUGUUCAAGUCGGACGCCAUCACGACGACGUGUCAGUUCAUAUACCACGAGAAAGGGUUGCCGUCGGGUUGCUAUCAUCAUUAUUUUUCUUCUUUGUGGUGGAGCCGGUUCUUCGGAUGCGAGAUUGACAGAGCAUUUGGACUAGUAGUAUUUGAUUUGCAUCCUUUCUUGACAAGCUUUGGUUUUGGUACCUGGAUGGAAACGAUGUGGAUCAAGAAAGCGAGAGCACAGGAAUCGAGUCGAUGGGCUGGACGGGGAACAUGGUUCAGGCGCUGGAAAACAGGGAAGGGCUGGACGACCUCUUAAUGAAGUCGGAUUCGAAUGUGAAAUGAUCAUGAUUGUCGGAUUUUGCCAGCGUUCAGCAAAUAACGAAACAUAUCUUAGCCAGUCCUUG